AUGUUUCAUCGACGUCGCCCCGCUACCACAACCACCCGCACCACCAAGCCUACGCUGAUGACCAAACUCAAGGGACCAAACGCGAAAUCGCGCACUGUCAAAACCACAACGACAACACGCCAGAAUCCCAUCCAAGGUCAUCGCCAUACUGGUCAUACUGGCCGUACUGGUCCUACUGGUCGCGCUGGACAUCGUUUUGGUCACAAGAACGCCUAUGGAACACCUACCCAUACUCGCCAUCAACGCAAAGCCACCCUCGGCGACAAGGUCUCCGGCGCUAUGUUGAAGUUGAAAGGAAGUUUGACGCAUCGCCCUGCAAUCAAGGCUGCUGGAACCCGCCGCAUGCAUGGUACUGAUGGACGUGGAAGCCAUGCACACCGUGUCUACUGA